AUGCGUCAAGUAUCCCGACCGUGGCAGAUUAUCUCCAUCGACUACGUGGGUCCCCUCCCCCGAAGUCGCAAGGGCUAUCAACAUCUCUUAGCAAACCCUGUCGAGCGGGUGAACCGCACUAUAAACUCAGCCAUAAGGACUUACGUCCGUGAAGACCAGCGCUUGUGGGACACAAAACUCCCGGAGAUCGAGAUGAUCCUUAAUACGUCCAAACAUACGUCCACUGGCUUCACGCCUUAUUUCAUCACUCACGGUAGUGAAUUAUCCGAAUCCGGUAACGAUCAUCGUCUCUCACGGCAUGAUGAAACGCCAUCCGAAGAAGAGCGAGAAAAGGAACGUAAAGAAAACUUCACUAGAAUAUACGAAAUUGUCAAAAACAAUCUGAUCAAAGCUCAUGAAUCAUCAACUAAGCACUACAAUUUGCGAAGUCGACGGUUUUCCAAGUCCUUUUCCGUCGGUCAAUUGGUCUACCGAAAGAAUAUGAAGCCGUCGAGCGCCGCGGAAAACUAUAACUCUAAGUACGGCCCUCAAUAUCUUCCUUGUAAGGUCAAGGCCAAGGUUGGGUCUUCAUCAUAUGACCUCGAAGAUCUGGCAGGUAAGGCUCUCGGAAUCUGGCCGGCGAUUCAUUUGAAACCCGGGUAG